AUGAAUUGGUCAUCAAAUAAAUUUUAUGAAGGAAAAUUAAUUGCUGAUAAAUCAGUUAAAAAUCAUUUAUUAAAAGAUUUAAAAAAUAUUUCCAAGAAAGAAAAUGAUGAUGAAAAUUUAUCUGAAUGUUCAUUGUUUUUAAUUGAUACAAAUGGUUAUGAUAUGAAAGAAAUUUAUUUUGAUGAUGAAAAUUCACGUGGAAAUGAAGGUGAAGUUGAACUUAUUAAUAUUCAUAUAAAUGAAUUAAUUGAAAAUUAUUCUGUAUCAAUUGAUCAAAUUGGUAAAGUUGGAUUUUUAUCAGAUAGUCGUCGAAUAAAUGUUGCUAUAAGACGUGCACGUAGACAUUUAUGCAUUUUUUCUAAUGCACAAACAGUUACUCAUGAUCCAUUUAUUAAAAGAUUAAUUGAUUAUAUGAUUCAACAUGGACAAAAAAUAAUUUUUUUCAAGGAUCAACUUUACCAAAAAAAAUCAACAAAAUCUUUUAAAUCAAAACAAAUAAAACAAAAAUCAAAAAAAGUCAAAGAACAAAAAACUGAAUGUUCUCAAGCAACAAAUACACUUGAAAAUGUUUUAACUAAUAUUCUUUAUCAACAUAUUGAAAGUUUUUUCAAUAAUCAAGAUUUACAAGAAUUACAAUUUGAAGAUGAUUUAUCACCAUUUUAUAGACGUUAUGUACAUCAAUUUGCUGAAAAACAUAAUUUACAACAUAUUAAUGAAGAUCUUGGUCAUCAAAGACAUAUUAUUAUUAGAAAAAAUAUUCCAAUUGAAAUGAAAAUGAUUACAAAUGAAGAAGAAGAAGAAGAAGAAAAUAUCAAUGAAAAAUUUCAUUCAAUCGUAACAGAUAAUAAUGAGGAAAAGAUUGAAUUAUCUCCAAUAGUUGAUAAAACAAAUCUUUGUCGAUAUUGUCAUAAAGAUAUUCCAUCAGAAAAUCUUCAAUUAUAUGAAUUAUAUUGUCAACGUGUUAAUCCAUUAUCUUCAUUAUCAAUUUCAACUAAUCAAACUUCUGAAAAAAAUUCUCCUAAACUAAAUAUUGCUUCAAAAUAUCCAAAAACUGUUAAGAAAAAAGCAAAUAAAUCAUCAUCAAUGGAUUCAAAUGCACCAAUUGAUGAUUUAUUAGAAGCAGAUCAUCAACAAGAUAAUAUUUGUAAUGCUCAAAAAUGUAAAAUAAAAAUAAUUUUAUUAGGAUAA